CUAGACGGCACAAAACCCUAAUUUAGUGCCAAAGUCCACAAAACCCUAAACCCUAAAUCCUCAAAAUUAAACCCCCAAAAAAACGAAUAAGAAAAUAAACCUUGAUGAUUCUCAUGUCAUGAUCGGCACCGGAAUCAACUCAGCCAGGCUUUGUAUAUCUUAGUUCUGUAAUAGAGCUUUCUUCUGUAUAUUCGUGCAAAGAAGUUGUUUUGCAGAGCCCUUUUUUAAGUUUCACAGAGAAGAAAAAAUGAGACCACCAAGAGGUGGAGGGGGCUUCAGGGGAGGAGGCAGAGGCUUUGGUGGCGGUCGCUUUGGUGGCGGACGCGGUGGAGGUGGAGGUGGAAGAGGUGGUUUUGGAGGAUACCGUGACGAAGGCCCUCCUUCUGAAGUUGUUGAGGUUGCAUCAUUUGUCCAUGCUUGUGAAGGAGAUGCAAUAACCAAGCUCACCAAUGAGAAAGUUCCUUACUUCAACGCUCCGAUUUUCCUGCAGAAUAAAACUCAAGUAGGAAAAGUUGAUGAAAUUUUUGGUCCCAUCAAUGAAGCUUAUUUCUCUGUAAAGAUGAUGGAAGGUAUAAUUGCUACCUCGUAUACUCCCGGAGACAAGUUUUUUAUUGAUCCAGCAAAGCUGCUACCUUUGCAGAGGUUUCUUCCUCAACCAAAUGAGAAGUCACAGAAUGGAGGCAGGGGUGGUGGCCGUGGAGGACGUGGAGGAAGAGGUGGCCCACGAGGUGGUGGUCGUGGUGGUGGGUUUCGUGGAAGAGGUGGACCUGGGGGAGGAAGAGGUGGUCCACGAGGUGGUGGUCGUGGUGGGGGUGGAUUUAGGGGCAGAGGAAGAUAUUGAUGGUAAUUUUGUGGAUUUAGGGGCAGAGGAAGAUAUUGAUGGUUAUUUCUCUAUGCGGUGGUUGAUUUCUUGUGACAGCAGUGUAAUCUAACUGAUGUUUUUCCUUUGAAAAUCUUAUCACUGCUGCAAUAUUGCCUUUACCUUAAUGAUGGCAAAGGCACCCCUGAUGAUAGAAGUAGUUCAGACUUGACGACGAUUCUGAUCUUUUAAUUUUAUGGGUAUGUGUUUACCUGUGGUAUAAACAUUUAGAUAUUGAUGCAGAUUGCAAAUCUGUUGAUAUGUAUCAAUGCAAACAAUAAUGGAAUUUUAUGGUACAGAUAUUAUUUGUGUUUAA